AGCUGAGGCGGUGCUUGACAGGAGGGAUCCUCGCCCAGCCUUCUGCUCUGCUCUGCACUAGAACACCGCUUCCACUCCGCCGACCUGCCGCCUCCGUUAAAAGUUAACGGCCACUUGAAAGGCUGGAUUUCUAGCAGUUGCUUCGGUGCUUCACGACGACUUCUUUAAAGACUUACAACGGAGUGACGACGGGAAAGGCAGGCAGUUAGUGCAGUAGCAGGCACCAUGUCCACCCCCACAAACCCAGAGGUGAAGGAACUGAGCCCUGUCGACUUUAUCCAGCUACAGCAGUACAUUGAAUACUGCAGCUUGAAGGUGAAAGAUGUGCUGAGGGAAUUUGAUGCAGAUGGCAGUCUGGCCCGGCACAGACAUGGAGAGUGCAUCGACGAAGAAGGCUUCCGUCUGUUUUUGAAGACGUAUUUAGAAGUGGAGGACUUCCCUGUGGCUCUCUGCCAACGACUCUUCCGCUCCUUCCAAAACUCUGAACCCACCCAGGAAGACAGUGCCAAGGAGGUCUUUCUGAAGGAUGUUUCAUGUUACUUCUCCCUGUUGGAGGAUGGCCAGCCCAGGGACAAGCUGGAGUUUGCUUUCAAGCUCUAUGACAGAGAUGGCAACGGAGUCCUCGACAGCUCUGAAGUGGAUAGGAUUAUUGCUCAGAUGAUGCAUGCUGCGGAAUAUCUCGGAUGGGACGUGUCCGAGCUGAGGCCCGUUCUGAAGGACAUGAUGACCGCUAUUGAUGCUGACAGCAGCGGCACGGUGUCUCUAGAGGAGUGGGUGGAGGGAGGCAUGAACAACGUUCCCUUGCUGGUCCUGUUGGGUCUAAAGAUGACUCAGAAGGACGGGCAGCACCUUUGGAGGAUGAAACAUUUCAACAAGCCUGUUUACUGCAAUGUGUGCCAGAGUAUGCUGCUGGGUCUGAGGAAGCAGGGACUAUGCUGCACCUGCUGUAAAUACACAGUCCAUGGACGCUGUGCUAACAGGAACCCAGCACCCUGCACCAAGACGUAUGUGAAGUCAAAGAAAGAAACAGGGGUUCCAGCGCACGACUGGGUGAGUGGGAACUGUGACUCGAGGUGUGAUAAGUGCCAGAAGAAGAUCAAGAGCUACCAAGGCUUAACGGGAAAACACUGUGUGUGGUGCCACACAAUGCGUCAUGAUGAAUGUGCCGAACAAGAGCCAAUAGAGUGCACAUGUGGGCUGCACAGAGACCAUAUCCUGCCUCCAUGGGCCAUAUAUCCUGUCGUAAAGGAAAGGCCAAACAAUGUGAAGAAUGGCUGCUCGAGCUCAACUGAUGACAGCGAGCUCAAUACUACUCCUGAUGGACAAGUGCUUCAGAUCAGCCCUGUGCCCAACACCCAUCCUCUCCUUGUGUUUGUCAACCCUAAAAGUGGAGGCAAGCAGGGAGAAAAAGUCCUGAACAAAUUUCAGUAUUUACUGAAUCCACGGCAGGUUUACAACCUUUCCAAUGGUGGACCUGGACCAGGGCUGAGUUUCUUCAGAAAUCUGGAGGAUUAUAGGAUCUUGGUAUGCGGGGGAGACGGUACAGUUGGCUGGAUUCUUGACGCAAUAGACAAAGCCAAUCUGCUCGCCCGGCCACCUGUCGCUGUGCUUCCUCUUGGCACAGGAAAUGACCUCGCACGAUGUCUGCGAUGGGGAGGAGGAUAUGAUGGUGAGGAUUUGAGUCGUAUUCUCAAAGACAUUGAGGGCAGCUCUCAGGUGCUGAUGGACCGCUGGAGUGUGCAAGUCAUCACAGAUGAGAAUCAGGAGAAGGGUGACCCAGUGCCGUAUGAAAUCAUUAACAACUACUUCUCUAUCGGAGUUGAUGCCUCCAUUGCUCAUCGGUUUCACACAAUGAGGGAGAAACAUCCCCAGAAAUUCAACAGCAGAAUGAAGAACAAGCUGUGGUAUUUUGAAUUUGCCACUUCAGAAACCAUCUCUGCUUCCUGCAAGAAACUGAACGAAAGUCUGACAAUUGAGUGUUGUGGUACUCCUCUGGAUCUCAGCGGCCUGUCUCUAGAGGGAGUUGCUGUCCUAAACAUUCCCAGCAUGCAUGGUGGCUCCAACCUGUGGGGUGAGACCAAAAAAGUUGACACGAAGGGACUGACAAGUCAGGAAGAGCCUGAAGUGAUCAUCGAUCCAGAAAUCCUCAAAGUGACCUCCCAAGAUCUCAGCGACCGUCGAUUAGAGGUGGUCGGUCUUGAAGGAGCCAUGGAGAUGGGUCAGAUCUACACGGGCCUGAAGAGCGCCGUGAGGCUGGCAAAAACAUCGCAGAUCACCAUCAGGACAAAGAAAGCAUUACCGAUGCAGAUAGAUGGAGAGCCGUGGAUGCAGCCUCCCUGCACGAUCCACAUCACACACAAGAACCAAGCCAGUAUGUUGAUGGCUCCUCCGGCCAAAUCAUCUGGAUUUUUCAAAUGAAACCACCGCUCUGGAGCAGCCACAUGCACUCUGGUGUAUUGUACAUAGAAGACUGACACUUUUCUGCAUGUGUGUCGACAUGUUACCGAAGCAAAGCUCUAGAUAGAUAUGUCUGCUUCGUGGCAAAAAUGACCAAAUUAACUCUGUGUUCUUAUAGUCAACACUCCUCGCUGCCUCUGUCUUCUGCUUCACAGUUAGUAGAAAUGUUGCUCUGUAGGAACUUAAAGCUGGCUGAAGUAAAGUGAAAAAUAUCGAUAUGCUCAAGAAGACUCUUCAGCUUCAUGUGCCUUUACAACCUGUUCUCUAUGGUUAUUGCUUAAGUAGAAGACUUACCGGUACAUAUGGGCAGAGGUUUGUGUGAGCAGAAGCUGAAUUUAAAUUUUGUAUAUUUGUCUUUGAAUUGCUCAACUUUAAUAACUGAAUUAAAUAUCUGAAUUUAAAUCACUUUAUUUGAAUUUGUAUUGUUAAAACUGAAUCUAAAAUACAAUAUUUAAAAAUGAAUUAGUUUGAAACUGAAUUCCAAUAAACUUCAAACUGUAUUUUUCUGAAACUGAAUAAUUGAAUACAUUAUUUUAAAACUGUAUUUAUUUCCUCGCUAAAAAGUCCCUCAGGGGCACAAUAAGCCUAGUGGUUAGUACACGCCCCAUGUCUGGAGGCAAUGUCCCCAAAUUCAGUUCUCCCUAUGAUUUUGACUCUCAGAUUCAAUUUCAAAUUUAUUAUCAACACUUCCAGCUGAUAAGGAAGAGCAAUUGAGCACCGAGUCACAACACUUCUUUUCAUCCAAUCAGCACCUUUGUUCUGCCCAUAAGACAUUUUCAUGGGAUUAAUUCACAUAAACAACUUUUGUUUCUUUCCAUCGUGGACUACAAGUUUACCAUGGAUUGAAUUCUCUUUUUAUAAGUAUGUAGUUGUGUUGUUUCGUUCUGUCAGUGAGUAUAAAUAAAGUUUUUGCUGUUUUAAUUCAGGCUAAAUUUACUUUCUAGCUCGUGAAGAUAUAGAGUUUCAGGUACUGUUAACAUGAGCUCAUGUGGUGUAAGUUAGCAGCUGAGUGUUUGAUUAGUAACUUUAGGGUCACUGUGAUGUCAGCACACACUAUACAAUAUUCAACGUAUUCAAAUCAUGUGAUUUAAUCAAAUAUUUAAGUCAAAUCUUAAAUUUCAGCAAUUAUAAUACAAAUAUACUGAAUUAAAAAUCAGGUUCUGCUGACACAGAUUCUGCCCAUUUGUUGUUUUGUUGUGGCUUAAAUGGACGAUAUAUGCUGCUGUCCAUUUGGAACCAGAAAUGAAGGAUUAAUAAUAUUACAUUUCAGAUUGUGGCAAAGGUAAUUCUACCUUUUUUUUCAUACAUUUCAGAAGAUACUUGAAAGUGUUAUGGGGAACAGUAGUGGGACAAUCAUUGCCAAAAGUAGCUGCAUGUGGAUGUACAGCAGCAGGCCUAAUCUACUGUUCCUGUGUAUGUGUGUGUUUCUGUGUGUGUGUGUGUUUGUGUAUGCAAGGGCGCAGAAAAGGCCGCACUUUGUUUGAAAAUCUGAGAAAUGUUCACUUCUAACUUAUAAAGAUACGUCUGAUUAGAAGUUAUGGUUCCAUUCAAAAUGUAUGUAGUUCUUAUUUAAAUGCUUUAACAUUCAUAUCGUUUCAGUGUAUGUGGACGGUGUUAAUAUUAUAUGCCUGAAUUAACACACUGACGUUUUAAUAAAUUAUAUGGACCUAA